AUGUCGUCGUCGAACCUCCCCGUUCGACGGACCACCCUCAGGACAACGAGAACCAUGAAGGACACAGAGAAUGCGACUGCUAGGGCAACCCGUGCAACAGUCCGAGGCAAGGUUGCAGGUGCCACAACCGCAGUGACGUCCCGUGUUACAGCACCAACAGUCGCAUCCAAGGCAAAGGCAGUGUCCACCGACGCUGAAGGCAAUGUCGGCAAGCGAAAACGAGGAGCAUUGGUGGAGGUUACCGGCGUCAACAAGAACAGUACGCAUACGACAGCUGCAAAGGGUAAAGAGGCGGCGCCUACCAAGCCCACGACAGGAGCUACUCAGCGAGUCCUCCGUCGCGCACCAGCCUCUUCAACGGCUGCACGUACAGCCAAGGUUGCAGAGAGUGCUGCAAUCAAGAAGAAAGAGAGCUCAAAACCCCCGUCGCGUACACUUGCGCCAAAGGUCUACCGAGAUGACGCCCCUGUGGAGGAGCAGGCACCGGCCGACGAUGAUGAAGCUGAUGUCGAGCGCGUUUCCAAGCGUCGUCAUAUGGAAGCUGUCCCCGAAGACACCUCUCAGCGCGAUGCUGAACGUGUUGCAAGGGACCUUGUUGCCGCUGCAAAAGAGGAAGAGAUUGCCGUUGAUCAGCAGGAAACCUUCGAGCCUGAGCCUCAGCUCUGGGAAGAUCUCGAUGCUGACGACUGGGACGACCCACUCAUGGUCAGCGAAUACGUUCAUGACGUUUGCGCUUACUGGAAGAAAACCGAGCUUGCAACCCUUCCCAAGGCGAACUAUAUGGAAGGCCAACAAGAGCUUACCUGGGACCAUCGCGGUAUUCUCAUCGACUGGAUCCUACAGGUCCAUGCGCGAUUCAACCUUCUUCCUGAAUCCCUCUUCCUCACCGUGAACCUGUUGGAUCGCUUCCUCAGUGCCCGUCCAAUUUCGCUCAACAAACUGCAACUAGUCGGUCUUGCAUGUUUCUUCAUCGCAUCAAAGUUUGAAGAGACUUGCGCUCCCUCUGUCAACGAGAUUGUCUUCCUCGCAGAUAACCAAUAUACUGUGGCGGAGGUUCUCAAAGCCGAGAUGUACAUUCUUCGGGUUCUUGAUUGGGAUCUCAGCUGCCCUGGUCCAAUGAGCUGGCUUCGUCGAGGCAGCAAGGCUGAUGAGUGCGAAAGCACGGCUAGAACCGUGGCCAAGUAUCUGUUGGAGAUCGGGUGUCUCGAACACCGUUUAGUGGGCAUUGUGCCGUCCCAUAUGGCUGCUGCUGCUCUCUGGCUUGGUCGACUUGCUGUUGGAAGGGAAGAGUGGACACCGACCCUGGAGCACUACACCACUUUCACCGAGAAGGAAAUCUUACCGGUCGCCACCAUCAUGCUGGAGUACAUCAUCACCAAUCCGAUCCAGCAUGAAUCGUUAUACAAGAAAUACGCCCACAAGAGAUAUCUCAAGUGUAGCGCCUACAUGCGCCAGUGGGCACUUGAACGGUGGCCUGAAAACUCUGACGUCCACCUCAAACGUGACUUGAAGCGCAUCAAGGCCGAGAUUCGCCAACACAACGAGGAGCUCGCUGCGGAAGCUGCCGCAGAGGCUGUUCGACCUGCCCACUAACCCGCGGCGGAGACCAAGCGCCGACCGACAUCUUGAAGCUUACGGUUCAUGCUACACGUUGCUAUUCGACGAUCCUUACGGCUAUUGGCUACCUACUUCCUUUCAACCGCACCACCUACACCGCCCCUCCCUCAGCGCCACUCUACCUCACCCUCCCUGCCCCGUCUCGCGUUUCUCUCCUCGGAUAUGCAUCUAAUUCAUCCAACCGCUUGGAUUUUUCUUGCAUCAAUUUCCAUCUUCUUUCCGUUCAAUCACAGUCGCCAUUGUUCCAUGCACGCACUCACCUGCAUAUGCAUCUUCCUCGCUCGCGUUUGCCUCUUUUUUAUUCCCUAUAUCUUGACCUCUCAUCUGUUCUUCGGAUACCUCCACUUGCAUUUUUUAGCCGACAGUCACCUUCAUAUAUCAUAAGGUUGCUCGUGAUUACAUCAAUUCAUUGUGUCAUUAGUACCGCCAUUCCUCCGCCUUCCUUCCUCACCUCUUCCUAACUUUACCAUCAUUAGCUUCCUUCUACUUCCCCCCUUGCGCCUUUCUCUAAUCAUGGUACGACUUUUUCUUUCAACCGGGUCGUAUUCUUUUUCAUCCAUUUUUACCCUCGGACUGUCUACACUUUCUCCCAUACAACCAAGGUCUCGUGUAAAAUCAUAUAUGUAGCCUCAGUCUCCAUUUCUCUCUCGUAUCUCUUUGCAAUGCUGACUGGUAUUGUAGCC